UUAUGUUAUCAAAUAUGAUUGACGUCAUACGGUGUGUAUGUAUGACGCGAAACAGAGCUGUUGAAACUGCGAAUGGAAUGUGUCUCAUUUGUAAGGAAAAGGUGAAAGUCGUGUAAACCUGGCGAUCAGCAUCGAAUUAGUUAAUCAUCGUGUCAAUCGAAGGAUUCCUUUUUAAUGAUCGAGGGACUGAGUAUGAUUGUUUAGGUUCCGCAAAUUACAAGAGAAAUGAGCGACAGCGCUACUGAAGCUGGCCCGUCGUCGUCCGGCGCCGGCGCGGCCUCGGGUGGGCGAAUGUUCUUGCAUGCUCCUCCGCCAGUGAUAAAUAUCAUAGCUCCGACAGACCCGCCGAGCAUCAACAACAAUAUAGAGCCGGGCCCAUCGGGGGACAACCGCAAUCAACAACAAUCUCCUUCCUCGGGUGAUGUUUUAACUAACUCAAAUACAGAACAAGACAAAGUUCAAGACAAUUUUCAGUGUAACUUUGGGUUUAUGCUCGGGGAAAAAGUCAGUCUUUCAACGCUUCAGGUGCAACAGCCAAUUGAUCUGGAUUACUCUGCUAUUCCAAAUAAAUCUGAACUUACAAAUUUCAUUGGAAAGGCCAAAAAGAGAAGAUUCUAUUGCAGGAGAGGGGCAGUAGUUUUACAACAAUCUCCAGUUGGGAGAUAUUUCCAAGGUGAAAGAAAGUUAAGACUAGCAGCUCAACAGGGGGAUUACAGAGAAGUUUUGAAGCUGUUGGAUGAAGGUAUCAAUCCAAAUAGAGGGGAUGACAAAGGAAGGACCGCUCUUCACUUUGCAAUCACAAAGGGCUUCCGAGAAAUAGUGCAAUUACUCCUUGAUAGAGGAGCAGAUGUAAACCAGAAAGAUGGCAUUGGCAAUACUCCAUUACAUUUAGCUGCAAUAGGUAGUCAUAUAUCUAUGGUGACUACACUCUUAGAAGCCGGGGCUAAUGUGCAGGUCCUGGACCGGGGUGGACACACCCCAUUUCACCUUGCCCUAAGUCGUCUUCAGCACCUCCGAUCAAACGCGUCUGUCCAAGAUAUUCAUUUCAGACAAGAAAUUCUUACGAUAAUGGGAAUGCUUAGAGUGUACGUAUCAUGUCGAGGCCAACAAGAAAAUGCCAUGCAGUUAGAACAAAUGUCUGUCAAAUUAAGAGAAACAGAGAAGAAAGAAGAGGUGGAUAUACUACAAGAUAUGCUUGAGGGAUUUACUAAAAUGAACCUCACCAAACAGUGAGUGGCAGACACAGAGAUGGAGAGAAAGACACAACAGUAAUGUAGCCCAGACUGGACAUGGAGACCAUGUGUUGUGGAGUAUUUGAGUUCUAGGACUGGAGACCUUGGAAUGUGGAAUAUUUGAGUUCUAGGGCCUGGACUACCAGGAAUUGAGACCAUGAAAUGUGGGAUAUUUAAGUUCUAGGACCUGGACUACCAGGACUCGAGACCAUGAAAUGUGGAAUAUUUGAGUUCUAUGACCUGGACGUCCAGGACUUGAGACCAUGAAAUGUGGAAUGUUUGAGUUCUAGGACCUGGACUUGAACUCUGUCAUAAAAGAAUUAUCGAUUGAUAUAUGUAAGGACGUUUUUUUGUCUCAGGCAGUUUUAGGUUUAGGUCCUUUCUCCAAUUUAAAAGGAAUUCCUUGUAAAACUAAGUCCUUGCCAGGGAAAUGACCUGGAAUUAUGGAGCAAGGCCCGGUUUCAAUUAAAGAUGCCUUUUGAAUAAUACAUUCAGCUUGUUGCAUGUUUCUUGCAUCUAAAUACAACUCAGAAACUUUUAAUUACAAUAUAAUGUUUGGCCAAUCCCAAAUUUUAUGUGCGGAUUUGCAAUUGACUGGUGGGAAUGUGUUCAAUCUCAGAUCUUAUGCAACAGGCUCAGUGUACGUAAAUCCUUUUCAUUGAUUAGCUGCUUUAUGAAAGGCUCCAAUUCAUGCUUUAGUUGCGAGACUAUUUGUGAGGAAGGUCAGGGAUUUCCAUGUUAGAACAUUACAAGUCCUGGUCUUAAACUUUAGAACUUCAUUGCUGCUGUACACAUAUGUUCACAUAUAUCAGUUCUUAAAAUCAUUGGUGUCAAUUUAU